GGACAACGUUCACGUAUAUUCACAAAGUGUAAUAAAAUGAAGAUUGUUUUGAUUUUAUCCAUUGCGAUAAUACUUUUAGAUUUUGUGAUUUGUAUUUCAAUUGGAAAGGAAGAUGCAUUUAAGCAAAUGUCAAGAGGUUUAUUGGAAUACCGGAAAACAGGCACUCGACCGCAAUAUCUGAAAUCGGCUAUCGAAAGAUACAAUGAGCCUAACUUUUUUCAAGUACCAACAGGUACUUUUAAAAAAUCAGAAGUAUGUGAUACAUGUGCACUAAUAGUAGAUAUGUUUUUGUACCAAAGAAGAAUGGGAAUGAGUGAUGAAGAUUUUAAAAAGGAACUUCUUUACUUUUGUAAUCUUUACAAGGCAUAUCCAGAAAGAGUUUGUAAAGGAAGGGUAGAUCUUAAUGCUCCUAUAUUUUUAUACAUAAUUGAUAACACACCCAAAUUAAAUGCAAUCGAUGCAUGCGGAAUAGCUUUACAAUACAACGAUUGUGCUCUUAAUGCAAAAUAUAAUUGGACCAUUGAUGUUCCUCUGGAAACAAAAGCAAUAAAAACAAAGAAAGUAACAUCAGAAAAAACGUUUAAUAUUCUUCAUAUCACCGAUAUUCAUUACGAUCCUAGAUAUACUGUCGGCAGGAUAAAUAGUUGCGAUGAACCUGUUUGUUGUCAAGAUGACCAACCUAACGCAACUACUUCCGGAGAAGCCUGUGGAUAUUGGUCUGACUAUAUUAAUGCAGAUAUUCCAUGGAGGACUGUAGUAAAUGCCUUAAAUCAAACUAAAAACCACAAUUACGACUACGUAUAUUUCACUGGAGAUAUCGUGCCUCACCGAUUAUGGGACACAAGUGUGGAAGAUAACAGCAAAAUAAUAUCUCAAAUAUUGGACGCCUUCGCUGAUUAUUAUAAAGUUCCUGUUUAUCCUACUUUGGGAAAUCAUGAAGCAAACCCAGUCGAUAAUUACUCCGAAGAAACAGAUCCCUCACUUUCAAGUAAAUGGUUAUUUGAGUUACUUUUUCAAAAACUAUCUAAAUGGAUGCCCAUUAAUGAAGUCAAAGAUACAAUAUUAAAAGGAGGGUAUUAUACAGUCUCGCCUAAGAAAGGGCUAAGAGUUGUUGUUUUAAAUAAUAAUGUUUGCAAUUCAGGCAAUUGGUGGAUUAUUCAUCAACCUAACGAUCCCUAUGAUCAACUUAAAUGGUUAUCAAACGUGCUGCUGAAAGCAGAACAAGAUAAUGAACGAGUACAUUUAUUGUAUCAUAUGCCCUCUGGACAGGACGAAUGUUACAAAAUUUGGUCCAGAGAAUACAGGAAAAUUAUUGAAAGAUUUUCGAAGAUAAUUGCUGUUCAGUUUAAUGGCCACACUCACAGAGACGAAUUCUAUGUCUACUAUAGUAAAUCUAACUCCAGUGAAGCUAUCAAUAUGGCAUGGAAUGGAGCAUCAGUCGUAACUUAUGACAAAGCGAAUCCAAGCUAUAAAGUUUUUUCAAUUGACGGAAAUACAUUCGAUGCGCUUGAUUUCGAGGAAUGGACAUUUAAUCUUACUUUGGCCAAUUUAAAUCCAAAUAAAAAUCCUGAAUGGUACAAGCUUUAUUCGUUCAAAGAUGCAUUUGGCGUUAAAAGUUUGGAAGCGCAAGAAAUCAAUGAUCUUGUAAUGAGAAUGACCCAAAAGCAUGAACUUCUCGACCAAUAUUACAGGUACAAAUUUAGAAAUGGAGACGUUGCUCUUAGAGAAGGUUGUGACGAUGAUUGCAAAAAAGAUUUAUUAUGUAGAAUGGUAAAAACUGAAUAUGGUGACGAUCAAGUAUGUGAAAAAGUAAAGGAACUGUAUGAUCGCAAUGAAGGCGUCAAAGUAUUAUCUACAUAACUAGAAACUUUCAGGCUUCAG